GAGGAAAACUUGGGAACGUAGUUUGUCUUGCAAAAGGACAUCUACUAACAUCGAACAGGCUCAGUUACUGGACUGGUCCAGUCAAACUUGGAGUCUGUCCUGGUCGAGUGAUCAUAAGAUUUCACUUUUUUAAAACAAACAUCAUUAUCUGCUGUCCUUAGGGAAAAUGUUUGCUCAUGUUCAAUUUUAGUUGAUCAGUACAGGCCAGUGGGCUAUGGGACCACUCUGGACCAAACCAAAGUGAUGGUAUUCCACACAAGACAAUGCCUGAGGCAAGCACCUUAGGGCAGGUAUUCCAUAGGCUACUAUGUGUCGUAAACAGAAAUAGAAAUGCCCAUAUGUAUUUCCUUUUCAGUUAGGGUUAGGGUUAAUUGUUUCCAAAGAGACUUUAGGAGAAACUACCGGCUUUGAACUAAAUAACUCCACCUCAGCGGUAGCCUAAUUAGGUGAAGGGGCGAAGAAAACCCUGCAGAUUAGGUUUUUGAGUAGACGCUGGAUUAACCCUCCGUCUGCAUGUAGCUAUAAACCACGUCAGCAGAUUUAUACCCACCCCAAAAGGAGCGGUUCUUGUGUAGAAUGCCACUAGCUGCCAUACUGUAGUUCCCCAUUGAACGUGGACACCUUGCAAUACAGCCCGAGUCACCGCGCGACGCCGACAAAUUCCUAGACUGGACUGCCUUUCUGUUGAUAAGCAUCCGAUGGUAUUCAGUACAAGAUGGCGGUGUCUGGCAUGGAAAAGGACGGAAUAAAUACCGAAGAUGAUCAUGUCGAUAAUUCAUUCGUGGACCCUGGAUUGAUCUCUCCGGUCAAGGAGGAUAUCCCCCGCCUUCUGACGGUUCCUUUCAACGGUCGUAUCAAAGGUGGGAUGAGACCGGGCAAGAAGAUCAUAGUGAUGGGCAUCGUAGAUCCCGAGCCUGACAGCUUUGAUGUGAGCCUGACUUGUGGUCCUGUGGGUGACAAGGGUGCCAAGGACCCAAAGACGGACGUGGCCCUCAAACUGAGCGCCCGAUUUGCUGACCGCCAGUUCCUUCGCAGUGCUCGCGUUUCUGGGAAGUGGAGUGAGGAAGAGGCGACCAUCACCUACUUUCCCUUCAUCCAAGACCAGCCCUUCAGGAUUGAGAUCCACUGCGAACACCAGCGGUUCCGGAUAUUUGUGGACGGCCACGCGCUCUUUGACUUUUAUCACAAAGUGAAGUCCUUGCUCUCCAUCGACAUGGUCAGGAUAGACGGGAGUCUACACAUCACCAAGCUGGGUUGAGGCCAGCCCCGCUGGAACGCAGGCUGUGUCGGAUGGACCUCACUCAGGUGACCCAGGCUCACCUGUCCCCCACCUGAUGCACACCCUGCACCGCUUCAGGGGUUCAGGGUUGUUCCCUACUCGAUCCUGAGCUCACCAAGGCUUCACCUUCCUCCACCCAUGGCUCGUCUCAUCUCUUGCUCUCCAGUUCUUUCUAAGGGGCCUUUGGAGGGGGCCCUCAUGUCGGUGAAUGGUUGCAAUGCUCAGCUUUGUGUGUUGUUUCUUACGCAACGUUUUACGGUUUCGCUCUCCUUUCUUUUCAUUUAUGAUUUAUUUUCCUUUUGUCAGGGAUGUCAAAAUAACUCAAUAUGCACUCUAGGUCCGCAGCAAAGAGCUAUAGGGCCGCCUGCUGCAUACUUGCUGCUUCAAGACUUAAAAGAGAACUCCAGUAUUUUUUUAACCUGAGCCCUGUUUUCCCAUCUUUUUGGACCAAGAUUUUUACUUGGAACAAAAAUGAUCGGAAUCGGUCCGCUACUGAGUUAGAACGCUAUAACCUGCAACCGCAAACCAGCAACACAAUGUAACCCUAUGGGCCAAGAACCACGUCAAAGUAGACCACUUGUUUUGGUAUUAUACAGUAAGUGUCUGACGGAAUGGAAACGAUCCCGACCAAGACAGACUUGUGUCUGUUUACCUCAAUGACUAGAAAGAAGCUGUAGAAAAUGAUUGGUGAAAGGUAAAGUAAUGACUGUAGAGAGAGAGAGAGAGAGAUUUUCUACAGAUGUUUGGCAGUUACUGAGGUAAACAGACACAGGUCUAUCUCUGUAGGGACCAUUUCCAUGUUGUAGACACUUAUAAUAACAUUAUGAGCCUCUCAGUGGCAAAAACAAGCGGUUUACUUUGAAGCAGAUGUUUGCCUCGUUGUAUAGUUCUAACUCAAUGUCGGACCGCUAUCGAUCGUUUUUGUCCCUAGUGAAAAAUGUGGAUCCAAAAAGAUGGGAAAAUAGGACCCAGGAAAAAAAUACUGGAGUUCUGCUUUAGGUGCAAAAUUAUGAGUAUUACUAGUGUUAGUCUCACAAUGGGGAAAAAUGUAUAGUUAAAGCACUCAGGAAAUAAUUUUAGGUGUAUUUAUUCAUUUAAAAACGCAUAUUUUGUAACCGAUUAAAGAUUUAUGGUAAUAGCUGUACAUUGAUUAUCAUCAGCAUUCAUGUUUAUCAGCUUAGCACACAGUAUUAGCGUAUCUCUCUUCCUGUCAAAUUGGGUACAGUGCUUUUCACAACUACUUACAUUUCAAACCCAAUGAACGAAUUACAAGGACAAAACAAUAUUGUGGUCUCUUCACAAAGUAGCAGCAUUUUGAUUGAUGUUCUUGAUGUCAUUGAAGAUUCUUUUAUAUAGCUCUACUCCCAAGUUUCAGUUCAUUGCAACCAUUCAUUUUUUAGAUUUAAAUCAUGCGCUGACAUACUGUAGAAUGUAAUAGACACAGUCAUGUUGAAGCCCUUAAAAGAAGUGAUGAAGGAUUAGGCAAGGCUCAGAGCUGAAUCCUCUUUUUAUUUUAAAUCAGUCAACACGCAUUUCGCAAAGUUUGGAAUUACAACACUCCAACUACACAAAAUUCUCGAAGGAAUGGUUUUACUAUGAUAUGCAACACAUGGAUUGGGAUUGGAUUCAGGCUUUAACUGGAGUUAUGAAGCAGUUUUACAGUGAUACAUUUGUAAGAAAACAGAAAAUAAAUACAAAUACAGCCGUUGACCUAUUUUGCAGAAACUGUAAGGAGCUUCUCUCAAAGUUUACAGUAGUGUUAGAUUUCUGUGAUUGUCAUGGUGAUGGAGAACCCCACAGGGCUGAUUAGUGUUUGUCUUGAAUGUACAGCACAGUACUUCUGGUUCUCACCGUGGUAUAAAUAUGCGGUGAACAUAAAACCUUUUACAAAAUAGACCUGUCAUCUUUUUUCUUCCCUCAAUAUGAAAUGUUCAUUUCAUUUUAUUCUUAAACUCUUAUUCCAUUUUAUGCCGCAAGGCUAUGCUGCCAUUUUGGGCGAUUUUUAUCAAGUUUUUCUUUCACUGCAUUUUUCCCCUUUCCAUGUGCGAAAGUCUCCUCUGGGAGCUUGCCUGCUGUCAGGCUGUCAGCGUGCAUGUCUGGUACCUUAUGUUGGCACCUUUUCUCACAUGGAGUUCGAUCUCGAGCUCGAUCGUUUCAUUUGCUAAUUAACAUUGCGCAGUAGCACAGGGGAAGCAUCGCUAGUCAGCUCAUAAGGAUUGUGUUACUGUUCGUCAAGCGUCCCUUCAGAUGCCCAGGCCAGUUUGUUCAUCAGACCCAUGGCACCUGAGUAAUCAUCUCCGUGUGUGUGUGUGUGUGUGUGUGUGUGUGUGUGUGUGGCUGAAACAUGACACCCAGCCCUCAUGGUAGCCCGCAGUGAUCAGUGUUUUUGCUCCCUGCACUGCCACAGCACGUCUGUAUCAAGUUUAAAUACCUCCUGAGAGCAGUAUAAGACUCUUAAUAAAGCCAUGUUACUGAGUUUGUAUUCUUGUUCGUUUCCCCCACCCCCGCUGUGUGGUCCAGUGGUCUGCUGUUCCUCUGGAACUUCUGAUCUCUCCUGAGCUCGUUUCUGAGCUGGUGCAGUUGAGGUGUGGGUGGACGCGCUGAGUUCACUGUGAGUCAGUCUCUCCGUGUGCCGUGGACCGUAGCCCACCCCGUCCGUCUGUCUGUCUGUCUGUCUGCCCACUCUCGGGCUCUGCCUCUCUGGAGGGGAGGCUGGAUGAGUGGGGCUGGGUGUCCUGGAGGGAGAAUAUGGUACAGAGAAGCUAUUGUGCUCUGCUGAAGUUGACCAUUGUCCAGCUCACUGCUCUCAUUGUCAGACGCGCUUUGGUCCUGCUUCGCUCCUCCCACCGGCUGACUCCGCAGUUGAGUUUGUUUACUAUUGAGGUGCGUUGUCAUGGAUGAGCCAUCGGAAAUGUUCCAGAUGGGGGUGCUCCUGCUGUUUUCCAUGGUUUCCCAGCAGAUGUUUGAUCACAAAGAGCACCGUGAGGCAGUCUGCAUGUGCAGUCUCUCCUUGUGCUGCUGGGUGCUACUUGCUGUGUUAUGAAGUCGUCUUAAUCCCUUAAAAUUCAAACCGGUGCUCAGAACUUCUUUUUACGUUCACUAGAGUAGAGUAGUAAAGCAAUAAAAUGCACAUCUUUGGGUAAUACUCUGAUUUAGCGCAACAGCUUAUCUGGCACAGUCUUCCCAAAUUGGAGCAACUGGCAAGUGUCUUUUGCAUUGCGGGUUAUUGUUCCUUUUGGACAAAGACCCAGAAAUAUGGGAAAACUACAGCAUUAGUGGAAAUCACAUGCCCAGGCUUGGCAGUGUGGUUCUGAAAUACUAUUUUCCCUGCUUGUUCUAAAUCUUAUCUUGGCUAUGUUGGUGCUUUCUGUGUUCUGUGAAUAAGCGGAGCAGAUAGAUGCCUCUUUGGGUCCUUUUUGAACGUUAAUCAAUGUGUCUACUCCACCCAGCGCAGUGCCGCUCUCAGAAGAAGCAGGCACACUUGAGAGAUGCUCAGCAGAUCAAAGGAAAAGAAGGGAAGCCCAGGAUUAAAGUCUUUUUCACAACUGGGUCGGGCGUGUUACUGUCAAGUCAAAUUGGUAUAAUUGGAGUUUUGAACCUUUUUUUUUUUUCAUGUCAAUUCAGAGUAAAGUAUCCCUUAAAUCCAGAAGGUCAUAUUGGUUGCAGGAUGAAAUGCUGCCAUCAAAAGAGUUAAGAUUUAAGAUUCUACUGGUAUGAUUGAAGUCUUUCUUUUUUUUUUCCCUAACUGAUGCUCACGUAUGUUCCCAGUGACUUGAUCAGUCAUCAUCGUCACUCGCUUGACUCUCGCAUGAAAGCUUCUCGCUUCAUGUUGUCCUGGUUGUUGUCCUUGGAUUCAAACCAGCUGCGCUCUACGGGAGAAAGCGAAAAAAUUAAGCUCAAAAUGCAACUUGUAUUUACUCUAAAAAUAAAUUUGCAAAAAGUUAAAAAAGUUCAUAAACCAGUUUGAGCUGAAUGUCUUUGCUCGUGAUUGUAACAAAUUGUUACUAUGCCUUUAGACUUUGGAUGUAAAUAUUUUGAACAUGGUGAGAUAAGGUCUGUUUUUUGUACGUGUUGAAACAACAGCAUAAGUGAAGUGCUCUAGAGAGGUGAUUGAUUGUGUAGGGCGAUGUAUUCAAGUACCUACCUGGUCUCAUGUACCUACCAUGAAGUUGUUAGCUUUGCUUAGCAUGUUUUUUUUUUUACAUUCUGAUGCUCUGUAGUACAGAAAUAAACAGCUGAAGUGAGGGACAGCCCAAAGUUUAGUCUCAGUUCUCAUGUUGUACAUCAGCAAAUUAAAAGCGACGUAUUAAUGAGGUAGCCUAAUGCCUAGAGGUAGAUUGUGCUGUUGUGUAAACGUAAUGUGUGGUUGUCUGAUCAUGUUUCAUUUGAAAGCAUUUUAGUAGAAAAGGGCUGCAAAGUAGAAAUGGAUUCUCCAGCAUUUUCAUACUUGCAUUUUCAUUACUAAAUGUGCCUGUUGAAAUAUGGCACAUAGGAUGAGUUUAGAAUUCAAGAGAGUGUGAACGUUGAUUUGAAUACUUGAUUCUAACCAAAUUUCUGUUUUCACCAAUUGACUUACAAAUUCAAAGCACUUUUAAGCUACAGGGAGGCUUAGAACACAGAACAUAGAGCUGAUGAAUCUUGUGUGAUAUGAAAGCACCUUUUAUAAAUCGAGUGUAGACACACACAAAAGAAAAACAAUGUAAAUGACACAAUAAAAAUGUUUAAACACUA